GUUGAUGGAAAUAGGUAAUAAGUUAGUUUGAACUAUUAAGUAUAUAGAGAGCAGCUAUUCUGGAAUGCUCAAAACAAGCUGGAGCUAAUUAUUUAACCUUGAAUAAUUACAAGGCAGCAUGAAUAUGCUUAGAAUAAAAGUUUUGCUUUUUUCUCCUACUAAAGAAAUUCCUUUGAAAGGAAGGAGCUUGAGAAGUGCCAAAGCCAUCGUCUUGUUCACCUGCAUGGUAGAAAGGAGACAUCCCCAGAAAUGAAGCAUGAGUGAUGCAUCUGGUUUUGAUGUCCAGACUGAGGACAUUAAAAAGGACGGUUUUCUGCUCUGAUCCAGCUUGAGUUAAUGCCAGCAUAUAAGCUAUUGAAAGGCUAGAAAAUGGUUUCCAUGCAUGAAAAUGUGAAUUAGAAUGCAGUAAGCCUUUUUAUUUUUAUUUUUUCCCCACAGAGGAAUGAUCUCUUCUGCAAAAAAUAUCAAGAGCUGUAGAAAGCACAAAUUAUGCUAUAGAGCAGUGGGAGAUGUUAUCGAUGAAUGUGUUGAUUUCUUAGUAGCCAUCUUUCAGUGCUGAAGGUUUACUGCAUGAGGGAGUGAGGAAUUGGAAUCUUGUCUGAUCCUAUUAUUUGCUGACAAGAUAUUCUAUAACAACUUUACCAGUUAAAUGAGCUUUGGUAUUUACUUGCUCAAGUGACAUUCUAUCAGAUAUUUCUGCUAAAAUCAAAGUUAAUGCCAAGAAGCUGCUAAACUGCUAUCUUUUAGUCAGUUAUGUUUCUUGGUGUAUGAGGAUCUUUUUUCCCUCUGGUAUUUAUACAGUAUCUCUUAGUCUGAGCACUGAAGUCCAAAGUCCUUCAGAGGUCAUUCCGUAUUUGUAAAGCUUAUAGAUGAAAGGGAAAUAAGCAGUUCCAAAAUUUUUACUGUCAUUUUGUUUUGGAGGUAUUUGGUUGUACAAAGGAAAUAAAUUUUUCUCUGCUUUUGCUCUUAGAUAAUAACUGUUUAGACUUUAAAAGGGCUUUUCUUAGUCCAAAUCAGAGGGUUGAAGGAAUUGAAGAUGACCUAAAAAUCUAAUGAAAGCCUUCUCCCCAGAGCCUGAAGAUGCAUAUGUCUGCAUACAUAUUCAUAUGAACAGAUAUGCAUACAUAUAUAUGCACUGCAAAAAUCUGGACAGAUUACAGGAAGAGAGGGAGCCUUGCUAUCUCCCUUCACCAUUUAAAGCUAACAGUAUCUGAAAUGUGUCACAAAUACGUUUUUUUCUGCUCUUCAUCAAGUAAGAUGUGACCGGACCAUGCAUUAUGCUCACACAUUUCUCUUUGCCACCUGCACCCAUACUUUGUAUGUCAACAACCUUUCCCUAGUAAAAAAAAAAAAAAAAAAAGUUACAUUCCAUUUGAGUAUUCAGUACAUGUUUGCCAUGUUUCCUUGGAGAGGUACGUAAAUGUUGGAUCAAGUAUUGUUUUAGUCUUGUAUUCAUGCACAGAACAAAUGAUCACUUACUUGAUGAAUGUCCUGCAGCAUAAUCUGGUUUAUGGAUGGCUGGGUACUAAGGGGAAAUCUUCCCAGUGGAAUGAGGUAUGAUGUAGUACUACUGAUCUAAACAAUCAGAAGGUUUCAUUUCUUUCUGUUAGGAGAGAGGAUUUCAACCUGUGUUCCUUCAAAACUGUUGUGAGUCUGUGACCUGUUCAUAAAGACUCAACAGCAGGUAAGUGAGAAAAGUAAAUCUCCUUCUAGGAUUCAGUUUCGUAAGAACUUGUACCUCCACUGAAAAUUUUAGGGGAUGACCACAUGAAAAAAAAAAGUUUGAAAGCACUGCUGCAUAUGGAGAAGGCCAGUUACACCUGCCAUACAAAUGUUUCUGCUGCUGAAGUAGCUAUGGAUUAAUACAAACUUUCUUCUCUGCUCUGUUUAUAAGGUCAGUCUUUUUUUUUUCCAACCUGUUCAUUGUCAUACAAUGGGAAUCUACCUCCCUCUCAUUUAUUCUGAAUCAGAGUACAAAGUGCAGUGUUCUGUUAAUUGAACACAAAUGUAAUCUCUCUUUAUGUAAUCUUGAUGCCAGAGGGCUUGCUUUAGAUGUUCAGUGUGAUGUGAAACUGUUUACCUGUUUGCCAAAUAACCUGCAGUGAGUUUAACAGUGGAACCCACGUAGUUUCUAGUCCCGACUGUAUAGUGAUACAUAUACUAAAAGAUAAGAAAGUAGUUUGCCUGCUUAUCUGCAGCAGUUUGAAAUGUUAAGAUUUUUUUCCCCCCAGUGGUCUAACCAUAUGAUCUCUUUGCUCAACGUGAAUGACUAGGAACAUGAAACUUAGCUGGAGUUGCUCCUCACACAGAGUUCUUAUAUCUAUGCAGGAGAAAUGAGGAUUAUAGAAAGCUGGGAGUUUGCUUCUUUUGGACUGAUUCUGUUUAAUCCUCCACAAGAGCCUAUUCCCAUACUCAUAGAGCAGGGAAUGGCUGUCUUGAGGUGCCUUUGUGGCCCUCCAAGAUGUACUUCUAGGCAGCACGGUGCCAUUUCCUGAUGGAGGAGGCAAAGGAGGCUGCUAUGUUGCUGAUCUUCCCCAGUACCUCCCAAGGGGAGGGCAGGCACUUGAGGGGCAGUUCUAGACUUUAGGGUGGCUCCUCCAUUCCAAGCUCCAGCCCCUCACAAACAGAGCGUGGGGCAACGCUGGGUAGUAACCAUGGAGACGCUGCUGGUGCUGGUGGUGCUGCUGGGCCUAGUGGGGUGCCCCACCACCCCUGAUGAUGAGUCCGGGCCACUUCAUGUCACUGGCAUGUGGGUGACAGUGCCACGACAACUGAGCCCCCGGGCUGACACCAACCCCCUGACUGUCUCCUACUGGCUGCAGGUGGAGGGGCGGCCACAGGUCCUGCGCCUGCGGCCCAGGAAGGGCCUGGCAUCCCGGCCUUUCACUUUAGUCACCUAUGAUGAGGAUGGGGCACGCCGGGAGGAGCAGGUCUACGUGCAGGACAACUGCUUCUACCAAGGUGAGGUGCAGGGAAGUCCCGGCUCCCUGGUGGCCCUCGGCACCUGUGGCAGGGGCCUCCGUGGAGUGCUCUGGAUGGAAGGCAGCACCUAUGAGAUUGAGCCCAUCCCCGACGAUCCAGCCUUUCAGCACAUGCUCUACCGCAUGGAGGCAGACAGCGAACCCAUGGGCCCCACGUGCGGGCUGACCCCGGAGGAGCUGCAGUAUCAAAAGACUGUGCUGCCCUGGCUUCAGGCUCCUCGAACAGAGGACAAGUACAUGCUGAAGGACUGGUGGACGCACACCAGGUAUGUGAAGUUAGUAGUGGUCGUGGACAACGUCCGGUUUGUGAGGUCAGACAGGAAUGAAUCCAAAGUCUUGAGGCAAGUCCUAGAAGUCGUCAAUAUUGGGGACUCUCUGUAUGACCAGCUUUCUGUUCAACUGUUCCUUGUGGGACUGGAGAUCUGGACCAACAGCAAUCCUAUAAACAUUACUAAAUCUGCAAGCAAGACACUUGCAGACUUUAACAGAUGGCGAAAAUCAGACCUGUAUCCACGGAUGCAGCAUGAUACCGCUCACUUAUUUGCAUUUCAGGGCUUUGGAAAAAGCCUGGGAUUGGCAUAUCUAGGGUCCAUAUGCGACAGGCAGUGGUCAGCAGCAGUUGAUUCCUACACCAACAGGAGGCUGUCUUCAUUUAUUGUCACAUUUGUCCAUGAGCUGGGCCAUAAUCUUGGGAUGCGCCAUGAUGAACGGCACUGUAAAUGCAGGCGGAAGAGGUGCAUUAUGUACGAAAGCGAAUCCGACACCGAUGCAUUCAGUGACUGCAGUUACAAAGACUACUUUGACCUCCUUGGGAGAGGUGGUAGCUGCCUGUAUCAAGCACCAGCACUUGGCAGUUACUACACUUUGAAGCAUGAAUACUGUGGGAAUAAGAUAGUAGAGAGCGGAGAGCAGUGCGACUGUGGUUCAAAGUCAGACUGCAGACGUGAUCCUUGUUGUCACCCUAACUGCACAUUGACUGCAGGUUCAGUUUGCGCUUCUGGAAAAUGCUGCAAGGGCUGUCAGAUCCUUCCAGCAGGAACCCUCUGCAGAGCACGUACCGGUGACUGCGACCUGCCGGAGUACUGCAAUGGGACCUCCCCUUGGUGCCAGGAAGACCUGUAUGUACAAGACGGAACCCCUUGCGAAGAUGGUGCCUAUUGCUAUAAAGGAAAGUGUUCUUCCCACAGUAAACAGUGCAAGCAUCUUUUUGGCAGACAAGCCAGGCCUGCUCCUUUAGAGUGCUUCAAAGAAGUGAAUACUCGAGGUGACCGUUUUGGAAAUUGUGGUAGUCGUAACAAUAUUCGCUUUACUAAGUGCAGUGUUGAGAAUGCCUUAUGUGGUAGGCUACAGUGUGAAAACGUACACAGGUUGCUCCCUUUGCAGAACCACAUAACAGUCAUCCAAACCCCUGCUGGAGGUAAAAAGUGUUGGGGUCUUGACUAUCAUUUAGGGGUGCCUACAUCUGACUGGGGGGCUGUGGAAGAUGGCACAACGUGUGGCAGCAACAAGAUUUGUAUUGAAAGGACGUGUACCAAUAUUUCAGUGCUGAAUUAUGAUUGUAACAUAACAAAGUGUCAUAACAGAGGAGUGUGUAACAAUCUUAAGAACUGUCACUGCAAGUAUGGUUGGGCUCCUCCAUAUUGUGAGCAGGAAGGAUUUGGAGGCAGUGUUGACAGCGGACCCCCUCCAUCCAAGCAAAUGUUUUGGAGAUCAAGAAUAGGAAUAGUUGGCCUUGUUUCUCCUUUUGUCCUUGGAGUUAUUCUUGCCAUAUAUUAUAAAGGGGCAAUAGGGGGAUGGCUUAUGAGGAAAAGGCCUGGUUCCACGGAAGAAGCUAGGGGUUGUUUCAAAUGCUGCAAAUGCCAGUAGUUGCUACAGAACAUCUACUACUGAGACAACAUCUACUGCAGUGUGCUUCGUGAAGACCAACAAAGCUGUGGCUUUGGAUGCUCCUAAGAUAAUCUCCGGUAGCCCUUGUGCAGAGCCAGCUGAUACCUUAUUGAAAUAAGUCAACACAUUCUGAGUUGUUAUAAUCUAAUGCAACAUUAUUAAAUAUUAGAGAGAUUAAAUGUCAUCUUUGUCUAGUUUAAGUUAAUAAAUGCAGGCAAUAAGGUA